CUUCAAAAUUCGAAGCAUUGUAUACUGAAUCUUUAACUGAGAUUAAAUCAUUGAAAGAAAGAGCCGCGUUUUUAGAAAAACUCCUUGCAAGUAGUAAUAUGAAUGGUGCGGUUGAUGGUUAUAUGGUCGAAGAUAAUCAUCCCAAUGAAAAUCGAUUACCUUAG